CGUGUGGCGGAACGGGAACGGGAACGGGAACGGGAACGGGAACGGGAACGGGAACGGGAACGGGAAAAGGGGCACCGCCGGAAACUGGGUGGAGAGUAGCUUAAAAAUGAAUGCUCCCAAAGAAGUUCAGACACCAGGAGAGUUCAAAUGUGAGCUGUGUGAGUUAUCAGCCCUGUACACAUACUAUGGGCAGAUGCCACCAAACUCACACUCGAUUGUGCUUUUGGAAGAAGCCUAUAUCAUGAAGGAUCCUUUCACCCCUGAGGACAAGUUCCUCAUCGUUGGGUCUCAUCGCAGUUUGUGUAGCAGAGCAGUGUGUGUUGGUACAGUAAGCAACAAGCAAAACAAGCUGCUUCAGUCAUUUCUUUUUGUUCCAGUCCUGGUGACCUGUCAGAAAAAGAUCAAGCAGCUAACACCCAAACAGUCCAUUUUUAAGGCAAACCAUUCCCCCUUGUCCUACCACUACAUGUAUGUUAAUUGUACAUAGUUGCAUGUUCUUGUGGAUUCUGCCAGAUGAAGCUCUCAGUAUUAAAUUAAAACGAUCAGCAACUGUGAGUGUUCUAUUUACUGAUGAGCACAGUCCAGCCUCUCAAGCACAAGGAGUGCUCUUUUCUACUUUCUUAGCACCAGGAAAUUCAAGGGCAAUAUAGAUCAACUAUACCAACAGUAGGUUGGGGUUUUUUUCCAUAAAAGGAAUAUAAAUGUCCAUGGAUUGUUAGGUUUGUAUUCACAGCACAGGGCUGUCAUCCUAUUUGCAAAAGUUAACGUUUAAAGUGAGCAGGGAAGAGAGUUGUACCAUGCCACACUUGCUCUCUGAAGAAGAAUGAAUUUAAAUAGCAGCUGGAAGGCAACCUUAAACUGUGAAAUUUGAGUGCAGUCCAGAAAGGUGGUAUAAAAUUACAGUUGUCUUAAUUCCUUCUUCUCUGUGCAGAACUGGCCCCUUUAUUUGCCAUGAGUCUCAAACUCUGGGAGCUGGGCAGACAUGGCCAGAAGGAUAUUGGCACACUUGGCUCAGUUUAGUUGCUAUUCUGACUUGUGGGCGGUCAGCACCAAGGAUGGGCUAAGAGGAGCAUGCAAUAGCACCUUUCUCCUGAUUGGAUUUGUUUCCUUGUUAAAGACAUUUCUUACCUAGGUUUCCCACAGCAGAGUGUCAGGCAUUCAGUUUCAGGAAAAAAAGGUUUAAUAAUUGAACGGUGCAGCAGCAGGAACAGCUCAGGCUGCUUCCUCCAGGAGGGGCCCCAAAGGAACCUCUGGGCUUUCAUACCCUUACCAUCUGUGCACCCAUUCCCAUGGGGAAUUUCGGAUCUGGGGUCUUACUGCAGUUCACUGGCUCCUGCAGAGUCUCGGGGUGACCAGUCCUCUCCCAGACUGUGAUGCAGGGUCCUGAGCCCUUCGUUAGGAAAAGGAUGUGUGCCCGUUCCCAGCUUGUUGCUGGGGGCUCCAGUUGUUUCCUGCCAUCCAGGGCACAACGUGCAGCUGGCACUGGGAGCUUGCACACCCAGCUACCUGCACUGGGAGUAUUUCUCCACAUCCUAUCUCUGAAGUCUCUUCUGACAUUUAAAUGACUGAGAAUCACCAAAAGUGAUUGCAGCUCAGAGGGUUUGGUUUUUUUUUUUUUCUAUUCUGGAGCUACAAGAGGGAGUUGUAGGCUCUGACUAGGUGAAGUGCCAGCACUCUCUGGUUGUGGCUGUGGUGGCUGGGCUCAAGUUUCCUGAGCCAGGUUGCUCAGGGCAGUUGUGUGGAGGCAGAGCUCACAUGAGCAGGAUCUUCCCAGUGGCACUGUCCCUGCUGUGGCAGGAGGUGGACUCUCUCCCACACACAGCCCAAUGAGGAGCCAAAUGCAGCUACUCAGAGAGUUUGGGCUUGAUUCCUGCCCUGACAUGCCAGGUUUAUCCUUCCUUCUUAACAGCAGAGGAUUUGUAACACAGACACAUUUGGGACAAACUUGAGCAUAUUUAACUAUUUUAAUUCCCAAAUGAAGUGUCUUGAAUUUAGGAAGGAUUCAGCAGGUAUUUUCAAGUGUGGCAGUUCGAGCUGUCAGAAAUAGAGCAUUUCAGCCUCUCAGGGUCUUUGCACACAGUGUGCUUUUCUGAAUGAAAGUGGGGCUUUUUCUUUGAAAAGCUGUGUUUCAGUUAACCUAGGCCUUCGCAAUGCAUAGAAGAUACUUGCAGUGAGUUAAUGGAAGCCUCUUCUAAUCUUUUUGAAAGUCCUGCUUAUUUUGCCUAUUGUGGAAAUUUGUCAGUCAUUUACUGCUUGUUAUCUGAGUUUUCAGGAUUCCCCUGAUGGUAUCACUCAAAGUAAAACAUUGAUUGUAAAUAAUUGAGAAUAAAUUUCUUACCAAACUGGCCAGGCCUGAUAGUGAAUCACACAUAUGACUAUGGUUUCAAAAUGUAUUUAGCAAGACUGCUUAGGUAACAUUGAAAGAGAUCUGCAGAAAUGAUAAUUAGUGCUUUAAACACCUGUACCACAAAGUAAGCAAACACAUACUAUUCCUCUUCUUGUAGGGAAAAUUAAAAGUCCAGAGAAGUAAAAACUUAUCCAAGGCAAUAGAGAGAGACAAAGUUAGUAUAAUAUCUCUGUAUUGGUUGUGGUUCCUGCUUGCGCUUGACCCAAGUAUUUCAACUCACCCCUGGGCUGAGUUAAAUGUUAAAGCAUAGGAAGUGAAGCUGAAGAAAAUCAUACUUUCUUGGGCCUCUUUGGCAGAGAAGCUGGACCAAUUUGAAGGGUUUUAGUGACAGGUUGCUUUUAAUAUUAUGGUAAUUCAGAAUAGUAUUAGGCUAACGUGUGGCAAAAAAGACUUUUCUGACAUUGGAUUUGGCAAAGGGAUUUUAGCUAGCUUUUGUACCUAAGGAGGCUUAGAGACAGGUCAGAUUUUAGGCUUUUCAUGAGACAACCCAUGCUAGCUGAAGUGUAUUUCCUUACAGUUGCUGUGCCAAUAAAAGUCAUGACUUAGCAGCUGUUCUGUAUAGUGCUCAUAAACUUAAGUAUCUUCAAAUAUCCUCUGAAGUUUCACUCAGUUAAUUUACUUCAAUCAUUUUGUAGCCUGCAUCACCCUGCUCAAGUCUUUUAUCACAGUGCCUUGGUAAGUGCCAUUAGUUCUGAUCCAAGUGGGAAUAAUUCUAAUGAUUAUCUGAAAUGUUUUAAAACACAUCAAAACCCCACAAAAAGGAAGAUAAUAAAAAUGCUUUUAAAAGUCCUUGGGCAGGUUGAGUGCCCUUCCUCCUAAUUACCCUUUCAGAAAAGGGCAGAGGAAAUUAUAUAAUCUGACCAUAUUAGCAAUUUAAAACAUUUAAUUCUGUUUUAUUGCAACACUUUCUAAAGACAGGGAGAAAAGGUAGCUUUUGGAGAAGAAAAGAGGAAAGGGAGCAACUUUCAUCCCUUACUGCUCACCUCAGCAGAAGGUGACUGAGCACUGACCUUGGACAUGAUUGUAGGUAUUAAGUGAUAAAUGAAAUACUACAGCUGCUUCCCACUCAACUUCCAGUCAUGUGGGGUCAGUCCUGGACACGGAUAGGCAGAGCCUUUCCUUUACGUAUUGUGGUAAAGAUACCAUCCCUGUAUGUAUUACUUUCAGAUGUGAUUCAUGUCAAAACAAAAAUAAACUCUGGCAGCAUGCUUUGGCAGCUCAGUUUUGCCUGAAUUGGACUAUGAAAUUUGAAAUUUGAAUGGCCCCCUCCUGCCUUGGUCAUGGAAGGGAGAAAACACAUUAAAGAGUCAUCUGAUUAAACACAGAACUGUACCAGGAUAAGGGUUUAAAAGAAGGGCUCGACUCUACAUAUUGUAAAGUUUAAUUCAUAGGGCAUUGAAAGAAGAGUUAUGCUGAAAAUCCCAGGACUGAGAGAGCAGCACUAAGGGUACAUGGACCCAGGGCUCAGGGGUGCAGUGGUUCACAGUCAUGAUUUGCCCAGUUCCUUUUAGCCAAAAUCCGCACCAGUUGGCAACUCAUUUCAGCCAAAAAGAAUGCAAAUUGAGCACCUGUGUUACCUGUGAGGAGUUGUCUUGACAUUGGGAUCCCACCUGCAGAAACAGCCUCUCCCCUCCUUUGCCACGGUCCAGUGGCCACCACUUGGAGCCCUGAGCCUUGGAGCUGGGGGGCUGUGUGCCAUUUGGCAAUGCAAGCAACAGUAGCCAGUCCAAUUUAAACUCUAAUCUCCCCUUUUAAACUGGCAGCUUAACGUAUUAGGGAUACCAAGAGACAAAAAACAAUAGGCUCUGGAGGUUGUGCAACUGAAAUCCACUUUCAGGGCUUUUCAGAGACUAAGGCCUCACACUCAUUCCAGAGUGUGAAGGGGCCUGGCAGUCAGCGCAGAAAAGGACAAUAGAUGAAGAGAAGUUGUUCCUCAAGCUUCCCAGUCACAUGGAAGCAGGCUGAUUGUGAUUUUGAUAUAAUUAUCAGCUGAAUCUGCUGCUAAAGCCCAGAUAGUGACAUAAGAAACAAAAGCAAAGACAGGAACACAUGAAUAGCCAAGCCAAGCUCCCAGAGAAAGGCCAGCUGCAAAUGACCAUGGCAAGGGGAAAACUUUGCUAUUUAGGUAAGACCUAGGGAAUCUCUUUCUCCCCAAAAGAUGUCCAGAUCUAUCUAAACUGAUGUCUUUAUUCAUACUUAAAUCCCCAAGAAUAAUCCAUCAGCAACACCAGUUCCAGCUUACCCAUGAAAUCCUAUUUGGAAUUUGGUGAUCAGCAUGUCAAGAGAACCAAGGACGUCAGUCUCGCCACAGAGCAAAGGAAUAAUAAAUUAAUUACUUUCUCUUCCAGUUGUUUAAACCUGACAUUGCAAAUACAUUAAAGUGUUCCAUCAGUUUUGCUUCUUUCUAUUCAAUUACUAACUGGUUACAGCUCCUGGGGAAAGAAUAAAUACUGGGUCUGUACAAGCUGUGAACAGAACAGGGAUAGCAAAAAUACCUUCUUUGUGCACAACAGCUUUUAUACUUUGCCAUUGAGAGUUCAGAGAAGAGCCAUUAGCUCAAGCUUUAGUACCAGGUGUGUUUUUAGGUUUUAACCAGGGAGUACAUUUAUUGAGGGUAAGGGAUGAAAUCUCAUUUGAAUUGUCUCAGCUGAACAAAGUUCAUUUAACUACUCUGGUUAUUGGACACUUCUGUGAUAUUGAUAUAAAAGUGAUAAUUUUUAGUAGUCUCCUAGGACAAUACAAGUGCAUGGAUUAGUGGAAGUAAGAAUAGUUUUUUUGGGAGUUAUGGAAAAGAUGGUCUGUUGUGAGAGCCCCUAGGACUUGGUGCUUGUGUUGGCCUUUAGGCCAUUUUUGUGGAGACUGGUGAGGAAGAGCGUGCUGGGGCUCCAAGUCUCACAUGCCAUUACAGGGAUUUGGAAGAUCCUCCCAGGAGGUAGAAAUCUUCAUCAGCCAAGAUUUAGAGGAAAACUUUGCUCUUUCAGUAAAACCCAUGGAAUCUCUUACACCUUUAUUCACUCUCCAAGAAUAAUCCAUCAGCAAUACCAGCUGCAGCUUAUCCAUGAAAUCCUAUUCGGAAUUCAGUGAGCAGGCCAGGAAACCCAUGCAUGGUGCUGGAAGGAGAAGGCAGCUGAAGGAGGGGUGUUGCUAUUCCCUGGAGCAGGGAGCUGGUGAAGGUCACUUUAAUAGAAGCAGUGGAACAGUUGAUUUGGGGGUUUUAUUUUUCACCCAGUUGGCUUUAACCAGAUGUUGGAAUUAUUGAGUAAGAAAAAGUUAAAUUGCUGGAAUAUUUCAGCCUAGAAGAAGAAUUCAUUUCAGAAGAAUUCUAAAUAUAAAUGUAGUUUAAUGAGACUGGAACAUAAGCAUUUCCUUUUUUUGUAUCCUGCUUGUAAUGUUAUUUUCUUUACAGGACUGUAGUCUGUUCUACUCCAAAAGGUUCCGCUUCCCCUGUGUGAAGGAAAACCUAAAGGCCUUUCCUUUGGAAAUACAAGAAGGCAUGGAUAAAAGGAAGCCCCGGCAUAAAUCCUGCAAAAAAAAUGGAUACAAAGCAUAAAUCUUGAAGGACCAAGAGUGACAGUUCUUUGGCUGGGGUUUCUCCUCUGCUUGGAGACUAUCAUGUUGCUCCUUUUAAAGACGUGACCUUCAUCAGCUCACUACUACUGGAGAGAGCAACACAUCUCCUUUCCCUUGGCUUGGGUUCAGACAUCCCCGUGCAGUGCCUGCCGUGCCAGGGAGCAGCUCUGAGGUGCUGAGGAGCCAGAAAGGAAAGCAGACGAGCCUGCUGUCACCAUGUGAAAUGCUUGCAGUAAGAAACCAAACAGCACAGAGCAGAGGAACCAUGUCCAGAUCUUCACAUUUGCUAUUUUAGUGCUUUGUGUUGUUCUUGACACUCCUACAGUGUUGCGAAAUUCCAAAACAGAUUGACCUGGCUUAAUUCAGUAUAUACCCAAGAAAGUCAGUGUACACCAAUUGUUAAUCUGGCAGUGCUGUCCUGGUAAGAUUACACUGGGCAGGGAAUUUAAAGCUUUAUUUUUAAGUCUAAAAUAAAAGUGCUGUGAGAAAAUGUCAUAAAUACAAUACCUAAAUUUUUCAAUAUGGUAAUCUUAAUGCUAUCACAGCAUUGAGACUGAAGGUUGAUGCUUCUGCAAUCAAUAAAAAUAUUGACAAGUCCCUUGCA